AAACACAUAAAUCUGAUGAAGUUUUACGUAUGUCUCACCUCAAAGAAAGUUUCAACAAAGCCUUUUAUUGAAAAAAGUUUAGGGCGAAAACGAACAUUUACCAAAAAGCAAGGGACUAUAGUGCUCUUUAUCAUUUCUUCGUCUUCUUCCUCUCUCAUUCCAACGGCUCUCACCAGUAACAAAAUGCAGCACCGGCAAGAGAUCGAUCGCCGCCGCAGCGUGGUGGUUGAGCUAGCACUCGGAGACUGCUACGUCGACGGAGAAACUUUCAAUUUGGAAAAAGCAGUGUGUAGCCACGGCCUGUUCAUGAUGGCACCAAAUCGCUGGGACACUCUCUCCAAAACCCUAGAACGUCCAUUGCGCCUCUCCGAGAACAUUAACGACAAUGAUCACGAGCAGUCUCUUCUCGUCCGUAUUACUCAACCAUUCGAUUCUCCUCAUCUGCUCAUCCUCCGUGUUUUCGGUACCGAUUCUCUUUCUACUAUACACCAACGCUCUUUGCUGGGUCAAGUGAGGCGAAUGUUGAGAUUAUCAGUGGAGGAGAAUAAAAGAGUGAAAGAGUUUCAUGAGAUUUGUGGAGAAGCUAAGGAGAGGGGAUUUGGGAGAGUGUUUAGAUCGCCGACAUUGUUUGAGGACAUGGUGAAGUGUAUGCUGCUCUGCAAUUGCCAGUGGUCAAGGACGUUGAGCAUGGCUGAAGCAUUAUGUGAGCUUCAGUUGGAGCUAAACAGUCCCUCGUCAGCUGCAUCUUUUUCUGUUGCUGAUAAUCAAAAUAAUUUGAAUUGCAUAACUACUAAGUCUGAGCAUUUCAUUCCAAGAACACCAGCAGGAAAAGAAUCACGGAAAAGAGCUCGAGCUUAUGGAUGUUCCAGAAACUUGUUGGAGAGGCUUACAGAAGUCGAAGAAAUUGUGGAUGAAGGGAAACCGAAUGCGAGUUUGACACUUGGAUUUUCAGAUGGUAAAGAGGUUAUUCUCCCAAAAAAUGAUAUUUGUCAGGCUGCUACUGAAGGUAGUGAAGUUAGUAUAAGUGCACCAUUCAAUCCUGAUCCUUCAGAAGAUAGAGAGCUAAGCUCUUUUAAUCAGCUUGGGAAUUUCCCUAGCCCGAAAGGAUUGGCAGGCCUUGAUGAAAGUUUUCUAGCAACGCGUUGUGGUCUUGGGUAUAGAGCGGGGCGCAUUGUAAAGCUUGCUAAGGGCAUAGUUGAAGGUAGGAUUCAGCUGAAAGAACUUGAAGAAGCUUGCAGCAACCCAAGCUCAUCCAACUAUGAUAAAAUGACCGAGCAGCUGAGAGAAAUAGAUGGAUUUGGCCCUUUUUCCUGUGCGAAUGUACUGAUGUGCUUGGGUUAUUACCAUGUGAUUCCUACUGAUUCAGAAACAAUUAGGCAUCUAAAACAGGUUCAUCGGAGAACCUCCACCAUACAGGAAGUCAGAGGUGUGGCACUUCUAUGA